UCUUAUGAAAAAUUAUUUCCUAUCUCACAAUUUAAUUAAAUUUGUUAUCGUAACCGCGCGCUCAUCAUUACUUCCUACUAUUGUAAAUUUGGCUGACUAUCGAAGCCUCGGGUUGUUGGAAAUAGCAGAUUUCAGUGACAUGGUCGCAAAAAAUAUAAGAAGUGGAUCAUUAAAAAUAAAACACGAGUACUACAAAGAAGUGAUAAAAUCGGUAUCGAAUCCAAAAAUGUUGAAAAAUAUUUCUGCAAAAAAAAUAGCUCAGUUUAUGAGCUGCCUUACUAAUUUAUUCGUGCAGCAAAUUUUGUACACAAUCAUGCAAACAAUCGAACACAUCAUAAAUACAAUAAAAGAUACUCGCAGUUGUCCGCAGAUAAAUUUUCAACUUAUUUGUAAAGAUGGUCGUCUAUUGAUUGACCCGUCAAUGGAAGAAGUGGGCAGAAUUUACCAUCAAAUUAUCACAGACAUCGAAAAUAUCGCCCGAAAUUUGUUGCCAUUCAACUGCAGCGUCAAUUCUAAUCCUGAAGAAGAUUACAUUGAUGUCAAAGUUCCCGAUUGGUUUAUAAAAAAAUCCCACGAUCAAUUGACUCUCGUAAUUAUUGACCUCUUUGAGCCGCUAAGCAAAUUCUUCAAUAAAGUUAACGACGAAUUCAAUUUCGUUUGUGCUCGGGAAACAAGAGCGAAUAUCAUUAAAUUGGUCUCGCAAAAUAAUGAUUUCAAUUUUUACUGCGAUAAAGUACGAGUUUUCAAUGAAUACUUGCAGAAAGCCAAUGCGAUGAACUCGUAUGUUCAUUAUGAAAUAGGACGUUUGAGUCAAUUAAAAGCGAAAGAAAGUUUGAAAGAGAUAAUUUCAGAAAUAAAUGGAAUUUUGGUAAAUAAACUGGUGUCAUAUCAUUGGCAAUUCAAUACGUCUAUUUGUCAGGAGUUUGAAAUUCUGGAACGCAAAGCUCUUGAUGUCCCAAACAAUACAAAAGCACUUUUUGAAUUGACGGAGAACAUGGGCAUGGCUUCAAAAAUUACCGUUGAAAAAUUGGAAGAUAAAAUUUUUGAAUCUGUAGAAAUGCUGAGUGCGCUUCUGCAAAUCACGAGCUUGAGGGAAGAACACAUUGAGCUGAAUAAAAGAACUAUAAACUGGUUGUCAUUGAUAGAAUCAAUUUUCAAUCAAAGCAAUACGCUGUGCGAAGCAAUGAAGAGCGAGUUAGAAGACGAGUUGCAAAAAACAAUAAAUUUAUUGAACAUUGAAGUCGAUAGUAUUCUUCCUGAAUUCGUUAUUCUUGACGAUAUGGAUGAUGCAAAACGCGUUCAUGAAUACAUUGAAUAUUUGGAAAUUCUUGUGAGAAAAAUUCGAGACGUAGAUGGAAAAAUAUUGUCAAUAAAUAAUGAAGAAAAAUUGUUCAAAUUUCCCGAAACUACUUUUCCAAAAGUUGACGAAAUGAAAGAUAUUAUUUUGCCAUUCUAUUCUUUGAUUCGAAUGAUACAUCAGUGGAGAAGACACAAUUCUGUAUGGAUGGACGGACCUUUCGAGUACAUAAAUGCGGAAGAAGUUAGCAGGAUAACAUUUUAUUAUUUAGAGCAAUUUACGGAGUUGAAUAGAUCAAUGAAGACGAAAAUAAAACAAGACAUGACUUCCAGUAAGCCGUUCAGAUUUUCGGGUGUCAUUGACGAUCCAGAUCCAAUGCAACAGCCAGCGCCGCUCAAAUUGUGCUUCCAAGCAUUGGAACAUGUAAAAGAAUUCAAACAAUAUGUCCCUUUAGUAAAUUGUAUGUGUAAUCCUGCUUUGGCUCGUAGACACUGGACUGAAAUGUCGUCAAUUUAUGGCGAAGACUUUACUCCAAAUGCUGGAACAACUUUACGAAAAAUAAUCGCACUAGAUUUGAUGAAAGAUAUUGAUAAGUAUCAGGUGAUUAGUAUUAGUGCGAAUAAAGAGUUGUCAUUGCAAAAACAAUUGGAAAUGAUGACUUGCGAAUGGGAUGGGAUCAGUUUUGUGAUAGAAAGUGACGCUAAUAAUAAAUUGAUUUUUGUUAAUUAUCAGGAAAUUCAGAUACGACUUGAGGAACAUUUGGUGAUGAUCCAAGAGAUGAAGGGUUCGUAUUUUGUCAAGCCGAUUGCAGAAGCAGUUGUAGAUUUUUAUCAGUCAUUGAUGCGUGUUCGAGAUGUCAUUCAAAAGUGGAAUGAACUUCAGGACGAAUCUUCUUUUCUGUCGCCUAUUUUUGCUAAUCAGUUGGACACCAAACUUCUGAAGGCAGAUUUGUACUUUGAAGUUGGUGAGACAUUAAACACGAUCAGAGACAGUAUUUUGGACAGACCCACUUUCAAAAAUAUUGGAAAGUCCACGAAGUAUUAUGAAGAGUUGAUGGUAGCUGCGGAAAAAAUUGAAAUUAUUAAUGAAGCAAUUUCUAGGCAUUUGGAUAGCGUGAGAUUAAUUUUCCCGCGAUUUUUCUUUUUGUCCAAUAAUGAAAUAAUAGAGAUACUAUUUAACAAAAGUAAUUUUGAAAGAAUAAAAUUAUUGAUGCAGAAAUGUUUUCAAGGAAUAAAAGAUGUUAAAUUGAAUAGAAGUAAAGAAAUCGUGUCAAUUUUAAGUGAUCAUAGAGAAGAGUUACUUUUGAAAGAAAAAAUUUCCUGCGUUCCAAAGGAAUCUAGUUCCGAAAACUGGCUACAGUCUAUUGAAUCAAAAAUAACAGAUUCAGUACGGCAAGAAAUCGUCAAUAAUUUAUUUUCUAUUGACAUGAUGGCUCUGACGAAAUUGAAUUCACCUGCGAUGAUUACUGAGUGUCUCGCAAAAUUAUUUUGGACUUCAAAUGUUCAAAAAUGCUUCUUCGACUUCACUCCUACAAAAUUACAACAAAUACUUGAUGACCAAAAUAUUUUAAUCGCAAACACAAUUGCAGAUUUGAAAAAUCUUGCGAGCAGAAAGCAACGAUUAAUAUUAAUGUCACUUAUCACAAUUUUCUGUAACCAAAAAGAAAUAGUCCAGCAACUGAUCGAUACUAAAACAAUCAAAGAAACGGAUUUCUAUUGGAUCGUUCAAAUGAGAUUCUAUUGGCAAGAAAAUAUCAAAGUCCAUAUGGUGAAUGCAUCAAAACAUUACGGGUAUGAAUUUUAUACUACUGACUAUCCGUCACUUAUCAAUACUCCCCUAACUGACAGAUGCUACCGCAGUAUUUUCGAAGCAGAUCGUCACCACUUUUUCGGCGCACUCGUCGGCUCCGCUGCAACGGGAAAAGUCCAGACGAUAAAAAGUUUAUCCCGAGCUCUAGCUACGCAGUUUCAUUUGAUAAACUGCACAAAAGAACUCACUUUUGAUAGACUCUAUAAAAUAUUCAAGGGGUUGAUUGCCUGCGGGGUGUGGGUUUGCUUCAAAGACAUAAAUGCCUCAGCGUUGUCUAUCUUAUCACCAGCAUUAGAUAAAAUGUAUUCAAUUUCUCAAAUAAUAUCUUCUGAAGUUGAAUCCGUUCAUUUUGAAGGCACCCAUUUGCCUUUACGUCCCGGCGGAUUUAUAGCAAUCACUUUAAAUCCAGGACAGUGUCCACUAUCAUACAAUAAUUUACCCGACAAUUUGAAAGUAAUCUUUCGGACUGUAGCAUUUACUCGGUCGGAUAUUGAUAAAGUAUGUGAAAUAAAUUUGUUUGCUGCUGGAUUUGAUAAUCCAAAAAAUCGGGUUACUAAAAUCCAACAGAUUUUGCAACUCUGCAUGGAUCAAUUGUCACCUGGUAGACGAUAUGAUUUCGGUUAUCGAGCAGUCAAUGCAAUCAUAAAGACAGCUGUUGGUUUGAAAUUUGAAUUCCCAGAAGAAAGUGAAGAUUUUUUGAUACUUAGAUCAUUAAUAGAUGUCACUUUACCCAUGUUGUUAGAAAAAGACAUCAUUAUUUUCCAAAAAUUUAUCCAAGACAUUUUUCCUACUUCACUACCAUCGCCAAAUUACGAUCCUUUGAUGAAAGCCCUUAACCAAGUUGCUCAAGCAGAAGGUCUCCAUGUUCAUGAAAUAUUUCAGCUCAAGAUAAUCCAAAUUUUCGAAAUGAUGUACAUGAGACAUGCUUUCGUAGUCGUCGGUGAAUCUCUCGGCGGAAAGACGACAAUUCUGCGUGCAUUAGCAAAAUGUUUGGCACUUUUGAAAAUUGAAAAUCACGAAAUUGGAGUAGAUGUGGUUAUUAAUUCAAUAAACCAGAAUUCUAUGACUCUGGACAAUCUUUUUGGACAUUUGGAUGAUAAGACCAUGAAGUGGAAUGAUGGAGUCUGUAGUUCAUUACUUCGUGAGUACAUAAAGAAUGACGAAUUGGUAAGAAAAUGGCUAAUAUUCGACGGACCGAUUAAUUCUGCGUGGAUGGAAAAUUUGAGUACUCUUUUGGAUGACAAUAAAAUACUCUUACUUCCUUCAGGAGAAAAAAUUCAGUUAACUAAAUCAAUUUCUAUUAUUUUUGAAACUGAUAAUCUAGAGCAAGCAUCUCCAGCUACUUUAUCACGAUGUGGAAUAGUUUACGUGGAACCUCAGUCAGUCGGCUGGAAACCUCACGCAACUUCGUGGCUUCUAAGUCAAAAAUUACCAGGCAAUCAUAGCUCAUUUUUUAUGACCCUGCUCGAUUGGUCUCUGGACGCAUUUCUGGAUUUCGCUUACCAGACAUGCAAAUUUAUUAUCAACGUCAGUAGAAUCCACAUUAUACACUCGACAUUGAAAUUAGUGGGCAUGUAUCUGAAAGACGCUAUCGAAAACUCAGAAGAAACAGAAAAAGAUCAUUUUGGAAUCUGGUCUCAAGUUGCUUUGAUUCUCGCGAUAGUUUGGAGCGUCGGAAGCUGCCUGACUUCAGACUCUCAAUCAGCUUUCAAUGAAUUCUGCUUAUCAAUGUGGACUAAUAAUGACUUGUAUCCCCGUCCUGAGGAAAUAAAACAGUUUGAAAUUUCUUUGCCAACCGAAGGGAUGAUUCAAGACAACACAUACAUAUUCAAAGGCACUGGGCUCUGGAAAACAUGGAGCGAUAUUUUGAAAACUGAAAACAUCAAUAUAGAAACAUGUGGCUUUGGAUUUACGGUCGUUCCGACAGUAGAUAUAAUCAAGCAUAUAAAUAUUUUCAAAAAUCACAUCAACCAUCGGAUACCUUUUGUCAUAAGUGGCGACCAAUCUACUGGUAAAACAUCAUGCAUUAAAUUACUACUAAAAAAUAAAUUAUCCAACACAGAAUAUUUAACAAAUGCUUUCAAUUUCUCAUCAACAAUAACAGCUCAAGCUGCUCAGCGAAUUUUUCUACUGAAAAUUAAUAAAAUCAAAGAAGGGCAUUACUCACCGCCGAAAAAUAAAUUCUGCAUUAAUUUCGUUGAUGAUUUGAACAUAAUCGUUGGAGAAAAUUAUCCAGGACACUCUCUGCUGGAUUUGAUCAGACAGUACAUCGAUCACGGCUACUGGUACAGUUUAGAAAAACCGGAUAAAGUAUUUGUCGAUAAAGUCAUAUUUUUGUGUGCACUGACGCUGAGACAUGAACGUCAAAAUUUGUGUUCGCGGUUUUUGAGACACUUCAAUUUAUAUACAAUGCGUUCUCCAAGCAAAGAAAAUAUUUUUCGAAUAUUCACUAACGCUCUGCUGUUCAAUUUAAAAAAAAAUCAAUUUUCCGCGGACGUUAUUGGGAGCGUUAAUGGUAUGAUAAAUGCCACUAUUUAUGUCUACAAUCAUUUAAUGCAACGUAAAUUUGUACCCGGUGAUCUAGUGCAUCAAUUUAAUCUCCGAGAUAUCUCAAAGGUAGUCAGUGGGUGCAGUCUCAUUCAUAAAGAAUCUGCGGAAACUAAAAUAACUUUAAUUAGAUUGUGGGUUCAUGAGUCUCUUCGGAUUUUUGGAGAUCGAAUUACUAGUACAGAAGACAGCGAUUGGUUAUUUUUGAAGAUCAAGGAAGCAGUGAAAGAUAAUUUCAAAGACACUUUCGAGUCAGUUUUUGACCACUUGCCAAAACAAAAUGAUCGACUGACUCGUAGAAGUUUCAAAAACCUUAUUUUUGUUAAUUUUAUGGACGCAGAUAAAGAGCCUUCGAGCCGAAGAUAUGAAGAAAUAACAUCCAAAGAUGCACUAAAAAAUAAAGUCGUUUACUAUCUCAAUGAAUUCAAUCAGAAGUUUGAUAAAAAGUUGGAUAUUUUAAUUUUAUCCGAUGUAUUGGCACAUUUGGUAAGAGUUUGCCGAGUUUUAGCGAUACCCGGCGGCCAUUUAUUGAUGCUUUGCACCGGCGGUUCUGGAAGAAAAUCACUAACCCAAUUGGCAGCCUUCAUUGAAAAGCAGAAUUUCCAUGAACUCAUUGUGAAUCCUUAUUACAGCUUAAGUAAAUGGAGAAAUGAUUUGAAGAAGGUUCUGAAAACUUCUGGAGGCUGUGGAAAAGAUUCCACGUAUUUUGUAGUCGGUAGAUUUGUUCAGGAUAAGUAUCUAGAAGACAUCAGCAGUCUGAUGAGUACCGGAGAGAUUCCAGAUUUGAUUUCUGCCGAGGAGAGACAGAGUAUCAUCGAGAUUGCUCGACUGCCCGCACAAAAAGGUGAUCGGAAUCUUGAGAUCGCAACCACAGAAGUCAUGGACUAUUUUUUCAAUCAAUGCCGUGAAAAAUUGCAUUUCAUUUUGUACUACAAUAUGUCUGAUAAGAAUUUACGUCAGCAACUAAAGUCAUUUCCGAAUUUAUUAAACUGCUGCUUCGUCGACUGUUUCAUGCCUUGGCCUCUCGACGCGUUCGUUCAACUCGGCCAUGCGUUCAUCGAGGAUCUAAAGAUCGAUAGUAGUGUCAAAGAAAAUAUAAUUACUGCUGGUAAAUAUUUGUAUGAUGAGUCUAAACAGAUUAGCGUUAAAUACCGGAAUGAAUUGGGCCGAAUGACUCACGUAAGUCCUUCGGCGUUUAUACAUAUGAUGAAGCUCUUUGCAAAACUUAUGGCCAAAAAACAGCAAGAAUUAAUGGAGUCCAAGGAACGUUAUCUAGGUGGUUUGAAGAAGUUACAGUUAGCAGCUCAGGAAGUGACUCAAAUGAAAGCCAACUUGACUGUUUUGCGGCCACAACUCGAGUGGUCAGCACGACAAACUGAAGAAACGAUGCUGGAAAUCGAAACGGAAAAUGUCAGCGUGGAAAAUGCAACCAUCCAAGUCACGCGAGAUGAAGAAAUAGCUAACAAAGCUGCUAAAGUAGCAGCUACAUUGAAAUCUGAGUGUGAAGCUGAACUGGCAGUGGCCAUUCCCAUUCUCGAAGACGCGAUCGCUGCUCUUAAUACUUUGAAACCAACUGAUAUAACUUUGGUAAAGGCUAUGAAAAAUCCACCAGACACUGUGAAACUCGUGAUGGCUGCUGUUUGCGUAAUGCUAGGAGUCCCAGCCGAGCGAGUAAUUGAUCCUAUCACUGGUAGAAAGUCUAUGGAUUUCUGGGGACCUAGCAAACGAGUUCUAGGUGACAUGAAUUUUCUACAGAAUUUAAAAGACUAUGAAAAAGACAAUAUACCAGCGGCUCUGAUGCAAGUUGUCAAAAAAACUUACAUGACUGACAAAAGUUUCAUGCCGCAUAUUGUCGCAAAAGCCUCCAGUGCUGCUGAGGGACUUUGUAAGUGGGUACGCGCGAUGGUGUCUUACGAUGAGGUUGCUAAGGUGGUGGCACCGAAAAAAGAGAAAUUAGCUACUGCUGAACGAGAGUGCAAUGAAGCCCAGGAAUUUUUGAAAAAGAAACAGAAAACCUUGGCGGCUUUGAACGACAAAUUGACGGCACUCAAUGAUAGCCUGAGAGCGACGUUGGCGAAAAAAUUGGAGCUGGAAAACGAGGUUGAAGUUUGCGAGGUGAAGCUGAGGAAGGCGGAAGCUCUGAUCAGAAGUCUGGGAGGUGAAAAGAACAAGUGGAUGGCGGCGGCUGAUUGUCUCAAGAUGUACUAUGACAAUUUAUCCGGAGACUUGCUUUUGAUGUGUGGUAUUAUUGCUUAUCUUGCCCCCUAUCAUCCAGCUUACCGUGAUGACAAUUUACGGGCCUGGAAGAGUUACAUUGAAAAUUUGAAAAUUUCAUGCUCAAGUGAAUUUAAUUUUAUCAAAGUCGCGGAAUCUGAAAUUACUGUCAGCAAUUGGCAUUUCUACGGUCUGCCAAAAAAUCGCUUUCCCGUCGAAAAUGCAGUAAUUGCAAAAAAUUCUUUACAGCCAUGUCUGUUCAUUGACCCACAGAAUCAAGCAAAUUUUUGGAUCAGAGAAAUGGAAAAAGAAAACAAAAUAAAAAUUCUUAAAUUAGUCACCACAGAUUUUUUGAUCGAAAUUCAGAAAAGCAUUGAAUUGGGUCAGCCAGUGCUUUUAGAAAACAUCGAAGAAGACUUCAUAGCUUCUCUCGAAUGUAUUUUAUCACAGAACAUAUACAAAAUAAAUGAUCAACUACAUCAAGAAAUAAAUAAUGAAGUAAUUAAUUAUAAUUCAAACUUUCGACUCUACUUGACAACGAGACUUCACAAUCCAAACUUUGAUCCCUAUGUCUUCCGUAAAACUACCGUGAUUAAUUUUUUGUUACCCAAUGAUGCUCUUCAGGAAAGUCUUCUAGAUAUCGUGAUCUCGCGAGAACGGCCAGAGCUUCAGGAAAAAUUCAAUCUGUUAUUGAUACAAAGUGCCUCUAACAAGAAAGUUCUCAAAGAAGAGGAAGAAAAUAUUUUGACCACUCUUUCUACUUCUACAGUUAAUAUUCUAGAAGAUGAAGCAGCCAUACAAGUUCUAGACUCUUCUAAAAAUUUAUCUGUGCAAAUUCAAGAAAAAGAAGAAGCCGUUUUGGCGGCAAAAAAUGAAAUCGACAGUUUUCGCACAAAUUAUUACCAAUUCACGUAUUACUGCGCAACAUUAUACAACACAUUGUCAGCUCUGCCGAACUUGAACUGUAUGUACAAAUUCUCUCUCAGUUGGUUCACACAAUUGUUCAUAAAAUCAAUUGCUAAUUCAAACAGAAGCGUUGUUCUUAAAAAAAGAAUCGAAUAUUUGAAAACAUCUUUCACGAAAACUCUUCACUCUAGUGUUCUAACCGCGCUUUUUGAAAAACAUAAAUUAGUUUAUUCUUUUUUACUUUAUUUGAAAAUUCUGGAAGAUAGCCAACAAAUUUCUAAAGAAGAAUACGAUUUUUUUGUAUCAACUCCAGUGAAUGUUGACGGUUUUCAAGAUAAGAAAAUAUUUUCCUUGCCCGAAAAAUCGUGGGAAGAAAUAAUAAAAUUAUCUAAUACUUUAGAGGUUUUCAAAAAUCUCCCAAAAAGUAUUCAAGACAAUCAGCCAUCUUGGAAAGCUUUUUACGACUCGAGGAAUCCUGAAAAUAGUUUACUUCCAUUUCCUUGGGAAAAAGAAUGCACAGAAUUUCAAAAAUUGAUUAUUUUUAAAAUAAUACGGCCAGAUAAAACAGUAGUCAAAAUAUCGCAAUUGAUUUCUUCAGUGGGAGAAGGAGUUUUGGUGACGCAGUCAUCAAUAAAUUUAUAUCAAUCAUACUUAGAAUCAAGUUAUUUUAUUCCUCUCAUAUUUAUUUUGCCCUCCUACUUGGAGCCUAUGAAAUUAAUAAAAGAAUUCGGAACCAAAUCUGGAUACUCGACAAAACUGACUACAGUAUCUCUAGGCGCGAAUCAAGAAAGUCGCGUUGAAAAAUUGAUAUCAGAAACGCAGAGAAACGGGGGCUGGAUAUUUUUACAAAACUGUCAUCUGGCGAUAGAUUGGAUGCCGCAGUUGGAAAAAAUUCGCGAAAAAUUAGAUACGACGAAUACCGAUCUCGAGUUCCGGCUUUGGUUGUCAAGUAUCCCGACUGAUCGAUUCCCAAUAGAUAUUCUCCAAGACGCUGUUAAAAUAACUUACGACGCUCCAGUAAAUUUGAAACAAACUUUGAUCAAUUCUUACAGUUCCGAUCCAUUGAAUACAAAUUUUUUUAACGGAUGUCCUGGCAAAGACAAAAUUUUUUCAAAAUUAAUCUACUCAUUUUCGUUCUUCCACGCCACGUUACGAGAACGAAAUUACUUUAGAUUACAAGGUUGGAAUGUAAAUUACGAUUUUUGUCACUACGAUUUAUCGAUUUCUGUAAAACAAUUGCAGACAUUUUUGAACGAAAAUGACUAUGUACCUUUCGAAGCACUGAAGUACAUUGUACGUGAUUGUAAUUACGGGGGUAAAAUUUUAGAUGAUUUUGACAAAAAAUAUUUAAUUACAAUAUUUGAUGACUUUUGUAAUGAUAAAAUUGUAAAUGAAGUUAAUUAUUCAUUUUUUACGGAUUACAUUAUACCAAAUCGUUGUGAAUAUCAGGAUUUUGUUAAGCAUAUAAAUAAAUUACAAAAUUACACGCCCGCAGAAGUUUUUGGCGUUGAUGUGAACGCAGAAAUUAGAAGAGAUACUUUUAUUAUUAAUGAGUUUUUUGACUGUAUUUUACAACUGAACGAACAAGUCGAUGAUGAAACUUUGCAGAAUGACGUGAUUGAAAAAAUUCGAGAAAAAAUCCCUGGGUUGCUAGAUAUUGUCCUAGUGAGAGAAAAAAACUGGGAUUUAGAAUUUUUGAAUGCCGUUUUCAUCAAAGAAAUUAUAAUUUACAAUGAGACAAUUAAGUGUAUAAACAAAUCGUUAUUAAAUAAUGAAGAUUAUUCAAAAUUAAUUAACAAUCUUGUUCCUUGUUCGUGGCUUCAUUUUCCCAAUAAAGAAGAUUGUACGGAAAUUUGGCUCGGCGCGUUUCAAUUUCCCAAAAGAUUAAUUUCUGCGGCAGGAUGCAUGUUUGCAAGAAAAUUAGAAAUACCAACUGGUCAUUUAGAUUUCGGAUUCGAAAUUUUAACUUCGCAAGACUCGAUUGCGCAGGAUGAUAAAAUUUUGAAUUUUUGUAGUUUGUAUUUAUCGGGAGCGCGUUGGGAUGAAAUUAACAAGAAAUUAGUUGAUAGUAAUCCGAAGCAAUCAUUAUAUUGCAUUGAUGUCAUUCGUUUGACACCGAAAAUCAAGGAAGAAAAAUUGUUAAAUGACUUUUAUGCAUGCCCACUUUAUAAAUCGACUUGCGAACGUGGUUUGAUUGAUCAGAAUGGUAAUUUCUCUAAUAAUAUCAUGGAUGUCAACUUAUCAAGUGAUUUAUCGAGUGUCCAUUGGAUUAAAAAUGGAACUGCUAUUUUUUGCUUAAUAGAAUAG